AAGUUAGUCAGAGUGUGAGCCACGCUGCAGUGGAGACAAGUCUCUGUUUCUCUCUGAAAGAAAAUUCACACUGACUUCAUCAGGUCUUUGUCAACAACACAGCAGAGUCUCUGCCCAACACUGUGUGUAGAUAUGGCUGCUGCAAACUAUCUGCCAUCUGAAGAUCAGUUUCUGUGCUCCAUCUGUCUGGAUGUGUUCACUGAUCCUGUCAGCACACCAUGUGGACACAACUUCUGCAAAAACUGCAUCACUGAACACUGGGAUACAAGCUACAGGUGCCAGUGUCCUUUAUGUAAAGAGACUUUUACCAUAAGACCUGAUUUGAGGGUUAACACUUUGCUAACUGAGAUGGUCGCUCAGUUCAGACAGUCAGCUCAACAGAAAGCCAGCAGCAGCAGCUUACAGCAACAAGUGUCCAAACCAGGAGAAGUUCCCUGCGACGUCUGCACUGGAACCAAACUGAAGGCCCUGAAGUCCUGCCUGGUGUGUCUGGCCUCCUACUGUGAAAUUCACCUGGAGCCUCAUCUGACAGCUUCACGUCUGAAAAGACAUCAGCUGAUGGACCCUGUGGAGAACCUGGAAGACAGGAUGUGUACGAAGCACGAUAAACCUCUGGAGCUGUUCUGUAAGACCGACCAGACAUGUGUCUGCAUGCUCUGCCAUGUUUCAGACCACAAGACACAUGAUGUUGUUCCUCUGAAAGAAGAAUAUGAAGGAAAGAAGGCUGAGCUGGGGAAGACAGAGGCUGAAAUUCAGCAGAUGAUCCAGAAGAGACAACUGAAGAUUCAGGAGAUCAAACACUCAGUCGACCUCAGUGAGAAAGAUGCAGACAGAGAGAUAGCAGAAGGUGUUCAGGUCUUCACUGCUCUGAAGGAGUCUGUUGAGAGAGGCCUGAAUGAGCUCAUCAAAAUGAUAGAGGAGAAGCAGAAAACGACACAGAAACAGGCUGAAGGAUUCAUCAAAGAGCUGGAACAGGAAAUCUCUGAGCUGAAGAAGAGAAGCACUGAGGUGAAGCAGCUCUCACACUCUGAAGACCACCUCCAUCUUCUCCAGAGUGUUCAGUCCCUGAAAGCUCCUCUACUUUCCAAGGACUGGACAGGGGUCAGCGUCCAUCCACCAUCACUUCAGGGGACUGUGGUGAGAGCUGUGUCUCAGCUGGAGGAGACGCUCAAUAAAGAGAUGAAGGAGCUACUUGCUGUGUCUGAGCUGAAGAGGGUCCAGCAGUAUGCAGUGGAUGUGACUCUUGAUCCUGAUACAGCACAUCCUAAACUCAUCCUGUCUGAUGAUGGGAAACAAGUGAAAUAUGGUGAUGUGAAGAAAAAUCUCCCAAACAAUCCAAAGAGAUUUUGUCAUCAUACUUUUGUUUUAGCAAAGCAGAGUUUCUCUUCAGGCAAAUUUUACUUUGAGGUUCAAGUUAAAGGAAAGACUGACUGGGAUUUAGGAGUGGCCAGAGAGUCGAUCAACAGGAAGGGAAACAUCACACUGAGCCCUCAGGAUGGUUUCUGGACGAUAUGGUUGAGAAAUGGAAAUGAGUACGAAGCUCUUACUGGCCCUCCAGUCAGUCGCUCUCUGAAGUCUCAGCCUCAGAAGGUGGGGGUGUUUGUGGAUUAUGAGGAGGGUCUGGUCUCCUUUUAUGACGUAGAUGCUGCAGCUCUUAUCUACUCCUUUACUGGCUGCUCCUUCACUGAGAAACUCUUCCCAUUCUUCAGUCCCUGUAAUAAUGAUGAUGGUAAAAACUCUGCACCUCUGAUCAUCUCUCCUGUCAGAGUAAAAUAAUCACUUAUUUCAUGUACUGAUUUAUUUCUAUUCAAAGAAACAUUUAUUGUGAAUCCUGUAUAGUUCACAUCUUAUUUUCUGCAGAAUCUGUUCACUGUGCUGAUGAACACUUCAUUGUUAAGAUGUUUUAUUGUUUGUAUCCCAUCACACAGGCAGCAUGUUAAUCUGACACUUUCAUGUCUUCAACUCUGCAUCAUGACACAAACUUUAUGUGGAGAAUAUCUAUUUAAACCUGUGUUAAACCCACAGACAUUUACUCUCACUGACAGAAGAAAUCACUGUUUGUAAAGACGCCAAAUAUGUCAGGCUGCAGUUUGACUUUGAGGAAAAUUUGGGGAAAAAUACUGCAAAGUUUUCUUUUUGAUUUUUUACUUGAUUAAUUUGUCUGGGAAGUGGUUUGAUAAUUACUGGUGACUUUGGACAGGUUUAAUGUGUUAUUGGAUACUGGUGAGAUGGUUUAUGAGUCACAGAAAUCUGUAAAUAUGUGAUUGUUAAAUAAAAACUGUAAAAUAAACUAGUUGUUGAACACAAGGCCUGAGUAAGCAGUGACUUGAACAUUAAACACUGAACAGAAAAUCCUGGUUUAUACAUAAGUUGUAUUUCCUGACAAACACAUUGUGUUUCCUGUGGCUGCUUCACAAUAAAAGCAUCAC